CGCCGCCGCCACUGACGCGCACCAGUAGUAUUCGGCCGGUCAACGAUAUUCCGAUGAUCUGACGCAAACGAUAUCCCCCCGGACCGACGACACACGCGCGCGCACGCAUCCACGCGCACGCACGCACGCACGCACGCACGCACGUACGUAUCGUAUCGUAUCGUAUCAUACACACCGCCGCUCGGCCGUAUACAGUCUACACGUACGUCGCCGCGACGACCGCACUACGUCCGUCGUUGUAGGUAUAAUACAGUCCACUGUAUCACAUUAUUAUAUGCCUACCCGUCCGCGCGCUGUACCAUAAUACUUGUACGCCUAGUUCGCCGCCGUAAUCAUUAUCGUACGCGUUACGUUAUAAUAGUAUACCUACUGCAGCGGUUAUCAUAAUAUUAUAUUAUUUUUGUCGCGUCGAAUCUGCGUAUACACGUUCCGAUCGCGUUUAACCGUAUAAUAAUAUUUACAAUAUUUAUAACCGUCGACAUAUAUAUUAUUAUAUACUCGUACGUUUGCGAUUCGCGUUUUCGACACUGGAAAUUCUACGUUCGCCGUGUAAUAAUAUUUCAUCUUACGCGUCGUCGUCGUCGUCGUGUGCUGCAGCUACAGUACACCGCCGCUGCGUAAUCACCACCACCGCGGCGGCUCAUCCGCACAAUAUUCCGUCGGUUCCGUGGCUGGCGCGUGGCAUGUAGAGCGAUGGCACUGGGCAUAUCUUCGACGCCCACCGACUCGUCGUCGGGCCGGGGAUCGCCGGUGAGCCCGAUCAGCAGCCCCGUGACCCCGCUGGCCACGCGGCUCGCGCCCAUGCCACCCAUGGUUCCCAACCCCAUGUUCGGGUUGCCCAUGCUAAACUUCAGCGUGUCGCAGGUGGCCAGCGUGUGCGAGACGCUCGAGGAGAGCGGUGACAUCGAGCGGCUGGCCCGGUUCCUGUGGUCGCUGCCCGUCGCCCAUCCCAACAUCGUCGAGCUGAACAAGAGCGAGGCCGUGCUCCGGGCCCGGGCCAUCGUGUCGUUCCACAGCGGCAACUACCGCGACAUGUACACCAUACUCGAACACCACAAGUUCACCAAGGACUCGCACGGCAAGCUGCAGGCCAUGUGGCUGGAGGCCCAUUACCAGGAGGCCGAGAAGCUGCGCGGCCGGCCGCUGGGUCCGGUUGACAAGUACCGCGUCCGCAAGAAGUUCCCGCUACCUCGGACCAUAUGGGACGGCGAGCAGAAGACCCACUGCUUCAAAGAGCGCACCCGAAGCCUGCUCCGCGAAUGGUACCUCCAGGACCCGUACCCCAAUCCCACCAAGAAGAAGGAACUGGCCCAGGCUACCGGACUGACGCCCACACAGGUGGGCAAUUGGUUCAAGAACCGCAGGCAACGCGACAGGGCUGCGGCCGCCAAAAACAGGAUGCAACAGCAGCAGUUCGCCGCCCAGUUGGCGCAUUCGGGCGGCCGACACUUGAACCUCCGGCGGUCCAUGUCGCCGGGCGCGGCCAGCACCACCGGGUCCGAGUCGAGCAUCAGCCUGGGCGCCCCAUCGCCGGGCCCGCCGUCCAUGCCGCCGCUGCCGCUCCAGUCGCUGCCGCCCCCGCCGCUCCAGCUGACCGGCGACCCGCCCCGCAUCGGCCUCACCAACCCGUCACCGUGCACGUUACCGCAACCGCUGGCGCUGCACAGGCCGUUCACGUGAUACAGCCCGCCUCACCCGCCGAUCACCGCCGGCUGGUGACGCGCCUUCCGCCGACGACGCGCACGGUUUGAUUUGUUCGUUUUUCGUUUUCUCUCUCUCCGUCUCACCAUCUCUCUGUCAUCGCUGUACGACGACGACGACGACGACACUAAAUAAUAAUAAUAAUAAUAUCAUAGUCCGACGUCGUCGCCGUGAAAACACGACGAUGACGAUAUAAUUAUUGUCAUUCAUUUACAACUACGCGUACUGCACCCGCGAAAUCUGCACAGGUAUACCAUAAAAAAUAACUAGACAGUCCUAUGAUAGGCAUAUAUCGUUAUAUACUGUUACAGUGGCGUGCCGGACUCGAUGAAAAGUUUUCGCGUUUAGUCGUGUAUAUAUAUAUAUAUAUAUAUUAUAUUCCCGUACCCAGCCAUCAUAAUACGACACACUUGACGAAUGGACGCUCGCGAGUAUAUUAUCAUGAUAAAUAACACGAUAAACCUCUAUACGAUGAAAACGAUAAUAUUUAGUUGAUAUAAUUUUCCGUCGAGUAUACCAACGACCUCCCACCACCCACCUCGAUUUGCUAACAAGAGGCAGCUCUUGAUUACUAUUCAUCUCCGCCACGCCACCAAUAUGGUUGUCACGCUUGAGCGAUGUUUGCGAAUCGUUAUAUCAGAUUUACGUACGAGUUCGAACGUUGAAAAGUGUACUAUAAAAGAAAUUAUUUCACAUCAACUAUAGUAUUGUAUUGGCGUUUUGUCAUAUAUUAAAAUGUUUUAAUUUUACUAUACUAAAUUCAAUUGGACUAUAUCAUUGAUCAUUUGUAUAAUUGCUAAUCGAUAUGUUAUACAAUACAACACUUUUAACCUCGUGGAUCUUUAAACAGAAAAAUAAUAAUUUUAACCGUAAAAUAUUACCUAUAAUUUCACUAAAUAACUAUACAAUAAAAAAGUACUAAUUACUUUUACGAGCAAUAUACAUACACAUACAUAAAAAUAUAAUCAAGUUACUUUUUUUUUUUUAAAUAUAAAUGAUAACUAAAAUUUGGUAGGUAUAAUUUCGUUUUUUUUUUAUUAUUAUGCGAACGAUUAUUAGACAUUGCACUAUUGCAGUCCAAGUCGAAUUUGAAGAGUUUUGACUGUCUAGUUAUAAAUUUGUGAUCGAUAUUAUUGACCGACGUGCGUAAGAGAUUGCCGAAAACCAAAAUUGAAAAAAUUUAGCGGUACACCCCUCCCUCCACCAUUUUGAUACAUGCAUAAUAUUAUACAUUAAUUAUUAUUAUUAUUAUUACUAUUAUUAUUAUCAUUAUUAAAUUAUUAUUAUUAUUAUUAUAAUUAUACAUAUAUGUUGUAACACACGUUGUACCGUAUUUGUAAAAGUAAGAACAUUUUUGCCUAUUAUUUAUUUAAAAACUACAAUAUUAAUAGAUAAAUCAUUGUAAUUUUUUUGUCGGACAAUCCGAUCGAUGAUACGUGUCAGAUGCGUAUAAUUUAAAUAUGUAUAAAUAUAUAUGUAUAAAUGCUCUUCGACUAUUCGUUUUAUAUACUUUAGAGUCUUUGUCCGCAGUGUAUAUACCUAUUAUAUGUUAUAUGUAUGUAAAUGUAUAUAUAUAUAUUUACAUACUAUAUAAUGACUUUGUUUUGAAACGAUAUCAAUGUAUAAUUUUAGUGUGUAGAAUUGCCGAGAGACUUCGCACUUUAAAUUAUAUUAUGCAUUAUUAUUAUACUUUGUACCGCGAUCAUAAUGUUAUUAUAAAAUAUAUUAUUAAUCACAGUAAAAAUGAAUGAUCCCGUAUUUUGCAACCCCUAAGGUGCAUAUAUAUUUAUAUAUAUAAACCUACCCUGUUAGGACGCUUAUAUUGUACCUAUAUAUAUAUAUAUAUAUGAUUACUAUUUAGUUUAUAGUAUUUUGUAAAUAGUAAUUAAUUUUAGUUCGUUUAAACGGUGCAAUUAACAUUAUAUAAUUUACAUAAAUAUAUUGUACAAAAACUAUUCUUUAUAUUAUUAUUAUUAUAUUAUAUACAUACACGUAGCAACUGAUAUAUAGGUAUAUAUAUAUUAUAUAUAGUAUAAUAUCUUCGUGUUAUAUAAUAUAAUACUAUUAUGUCUAUAUAUAAUUUACAUAUAUAUAUAUAUAUACGCAAGAAACAUAUGUAACUUUUUUUUUCAAUGUGUUUAACGUAAUAAUCAAACUUAUUAUACUAUAAUAUUAUAUGAUAUAAAAUUAUUAUAAUGUAAUAAGGCUCAUAUGGUUAUUAUACGAAUCAUACGUAGUUUCAUUUAUUUGUGCUGUUUCUCGAUGAUUUUGUGCGACGCGUAGUAAAUAAUAUUAUUGUAUCGAUUUACUGCGACCACACUGCAACGGAGCUGUUUAUUAAAACAAAACCGAAAUAUAUAUUAUUAUUAAUUGUUUGUUAA